AUGGUGCUUGGCUCAACAAAUCUGACCGAACAACUGCAGUUAAUGAACUGUUCUGAUAUGAGUGGACCACCAACCCGAGUCUUGUGUCAGCAGUGUAUCAAAGCCGGCUGUGAAUGGAGCAACAACGGCUGUUCCUGGGCUAAUGAACAACUGUUAAAUGACAGUGUGUGUCAAACGCUGCAGUCUGAGCUGAACUUUCCUAAGCCUGAGAUCUCCUCCAUCAGCCCCAGCAUUGUGUCUUUCUAUGGAAGAAACCACGCAGUGUUGUCAGGUGGUAACCUCAGCGGUGUGACCGGAGUGAGGAUGCAGGCAGACCUGGACUGUACGCCACAGGAGUCUCCUGUCUGGAACAACAGCGGCUCCAGUUUGACCUUCCACAUUCCCAGAGCAAACCGUAAAGGGACAGUGAAAGCCUGCGUUCUCCUCCCAGACGGCAGUUGCCACGGUGACGCGAGCAUCACCUACCAGUCGUCACCUUCCUGUCGAGACAUUUCACCGAGGAACUCCUGGAUCAGUGGGGGGAGGAAGAUCACACUCACUGGAUCUCACCUGGAGUUUGUGGAGGGGGUCAUUCACAGCCGAGCCCCUCAGGAAGUCCAACCUCCGACUGACAGGAACCAUCAGUCGCCAAUGAAACCUUGA